AUGGUGGCUGCCAAGGGUCGAAAAAACACCGAUAACGGUGGUGAUGACUUCUACUCCAAUCUACUAACAGGAAAUGUUGAUGUCCCUGACGACAAGGUGAUUGACGACAUUUUCACGGAGAAAACAACCAAACACGCAGAUGAUGCUGUGGAUUAUGAAGAUAUCGACGAAUUAGCCGAUGAAGACGACUUGCCCCCAUUGGAAGAGCCUGAGAAUGCAUCUCCAACGGCUGAAGAUGAGCAAGCCCUCCAAAAUGGUGCCAACGAUGAGUUUGAUGCACUUUUUGGCGACGAUGAUAUGCCCCAAGACGAAAAUGGCAUGGAUCACAUGGAACACGGGUCUUUGAGCGAGCAUGGCGGCGUAGAUAUUUUGCUCGAUCUUCAUGGACAGCCUGCUUUUGACGAUGAUGGUCUCAACGACUUGGGAUUGGGUUUUGAAGAAGAGCGUGCUGAAGCUGGCAGUAAUGGAACCUUGGGAGAACUUGCCACCAAACACAGGAGCCGAAAGCGCAAAUCGCCAGAGCAGCUAGCAGCAAAGAAGCUCAAGUUGCAGCGGUUGGUUCAGGAUAUGGAGCUGCGACACAAGGCUCGUAUGGUGGAGAAGUACUAUCCCACCUACAAGAGAGACCAACCAUUUAAUUACCACAUGAUGGUGCUUUCAGAGCCCAUGUAUUAUGCUUGGAAACGGCCCCCAUUAGCAUUCAAGAUGAAUAUCAAGCCUUUGGUGCCUCUAAAGCUCUCGUUGGAGGUACAACCAGAUGAGAAGAAAGCAUUUAAAUCCAAGCGUAAUGCAUUGGCAGACACCGCCAGUCUGCAAGGUAUCCGCCACAUUCUGCAAAAGGAUUUGGACUUCAUUGAAGAGAUCCAGGCACAUGACGAAGAAGCGGUCAACUUGCGGGUAUUGCCAUUCAUAAAACAGGACACUGUGGAAAAUGAUAAGUUUGGGGACUUCAGUAAGGAUUUGAUCUUGGCAACGGCAGACUGGGAUGACGACGACGUACUCAAUGCCGGCAAUUCCGACUUGGAUCUGCACAACGGAGAUGCCAAACCGAAGAUCAGCGACGAAUUCGAUAAUGACGAAGUCAAUUACGAUGACGAAAACAUCUUCGACGGCCAGCUCUCUACAGAGACGUUUGAGUUGAACAUGAACGACCCCAACUUGCUUUUUGUGCCCGAUAAGCGACUUGAUGGUGCCAAAUCGAAGGCAGUUGUCCCAACUGACCAGAAGCUUCUCAAUUUGAAGUUCAACAUCUCCAACGAUAAGAAUUACGAUAUCUUGAAGAACAACUACAACACAAAAGUGAGAAGUCAGUUGAGUAAUUUGAACAUCGAACACUCCAUCCCAUCGUUACGGCUUCAGACUCCAUACUACAAGAUCAGACUCACCAAGGACGAGGCGCGUGCAUUUCACAGAGCGAAGUUCCAGGUUCGUCAAGGUUCAUUAAUAUGCUUCUCGAGUCUUAAAGUGAGAAAAAAGAAGAAGGACCGUGGCAAGACUCCACAGGAAAUCUUCAGUCGUACAUCGGACUUGACGGUGGCAGACACUGGAACAAUUAUUGCUAUGGAAUAUUCUGAGGAAGCUCCUGGUAUUUUGUCCAACUUCGGCAUGGGAAGUAAAUUGAUCAACUAUUACAGAAAAGAAAAGGAGGACGAUAACUCCCGCCCCAAAGCCCCUCUCGGAGAAACGCAUGUUUUGGGUGUUGAAGAUCGCUCUCCAUUUUGGAAUUUUGGACAUGUUGCUAAAGGUGAUUUUGUGCCCACACUCUACAACAACAUGAUCAGAGCACCUAUCUUCAAGCAUGAGGCAAAAUCCACAGAUUUUCUCCUUAUUCGAUCUCAAGGCUGUGGUAAUCACCAAAGGUAUUACUUGAGACCCAUUGACCACUUGUUUGCAGUAGGUAAUAUUUUCCCAGCUGUGGAGGUACCUGCUCCGCACUCUAGAAAGGUCACUAACACCUCCAAGAAUAGGUUGAAGAUGAUUGUUUUCAGAACCAUGAACAAGAACGGAACAGCCAGGUUAUCUGUGAAAGAUAUUUCUCUGCAUUUCCCUGAUCAGAAUGACAUGCAGAAUCGUCAAAGAUUGAAAGAAUUUAUGGAGUAUCAGAGACAAGGUGAGGACCAGGGUUUCUGGAAGAUCCGUAAUAGUGACUCAGUACCUACCGAAGAAGAGAUCAAAGCGAUGAUCUCUCCGGAAGAUGUCGCUUUGUUGGAUAGUAUGCAACAUGGUCAACAAGUCAUGGACGAUAUCGAUUCACUUUAUAAUGAUGACUCUCGUAAGAUUGAGAUUAAGAGAGAGAAGAAAGAAAAGGAGAAAGAGAAGGAGGAGGAAGAUGAAAAAGAAAAGGCAAAGGACGGAGAGCGUAAAAGAAGAGAUAAGGAUAUUGAUAUGGAAGAGACCAUUGAUGAAGGUCUUGCGCCAUGGAGCUCUUCAAGAAGUUUCAUCACAUCCAACCAAACAAAGGCAAUGUUGCAAUUGAACGGAGAGGGAGAUCCUUCGGGUAUUGGACUUGGAUUCUCACUUUUGAGGGCUACUCAGAAGCAUGGCUUCCGCCCUCUCAUUCCACCACCAAAAGAUACUGUUCCAAAGAAUACUACGGCAUCAUACCAGCAGAGACUCUACGAGAAUGAGAUCUCUCGUAUUUGGUAUGCCCAGAGAAGUUCAUUAACGGUUGACAAUAGAGAGGGACACACCUUGGAUGAUGUGUAUAAGGAGUAUCAACCAAUUGAUCAUACGGAAUUCUUCAAGAAUAAAUUUGAGAAGGAGAAGCAAGAAAACAUCCAAAAACAUGGACAAGCAACUGCAAAACAGAAUAUUUUGAAGAUUACGCGUCUCGUUAGAGACGAGAAUGAUGUGGUCCAGCGUAGGGUGGAAUAUGUUUCGGAUCCACGUCUUAUUAAGGCAUACAUCAAGAGAAAGAAGCAGAUCGAAGGUGACAAGAUGUCGAUGGCAGAUGUCAACGACAUUAUUCCGACGAAUGAUGCAGAGAUGAACAAGAUUCGUCGUAAAGCAUUGGAAGAGAAGAUUGCAAACUUACAAAAGAGAGCAAAGCUUAGUAAGGGCCGUAAACCCCACAAGGAUCCAUUACAUUUGGCGGCUGCAGCUGGAGGUACCAUCAUCGAUGCAAAUACUGUGAUGUUGCCAGACGGAUCCUUAGCAUUUGGAGGUAAAGGUAUCGGAAAAGGAAAAAGUACCAACAGAAGAUGUAAAUCAUGUGGUGCAUUUGGACACAUCAGAACAAAAAAGUCUUGUCCAUUGUAUAAUUACACGAAGGGUGGAACCGUGCAGCUUCCUCAGGAGCAGAAGGACAUCUUGUUGGCUGCCAUUCGAAACGGAGAAUCUCCCCCAGUCGACCAAGCAUGGCUUGCUAGCGGAGCUUCCACAACUAACGGAGCAGGUAGUGAGACUGCUGGUGGUGCUACGAACGGACAAGGAACUUCAGUAUCAAGUGCUCUGGCACCACCAGUGGAGGGAGAUUCAUCUACACCACAUUGA